AUGUGUAAAGGUCACACCAGCGACUCACAAGACAAAAAGAAAGGAGCAAAUGAAAAGUCUUCCUCUGUCCCUGACGUAGUUACGACUUCAGUAGGAUCUGAUACUGGCGAUUGUGCGAUCAUCUCAGAGUCUGGCGAUCAGGGAGACUACACUGAAAUUACAGAUGACAUCCUGGCAGCAGGAGGGGGUUCUGUGACAACAGCAAGUCAUGGGAUGAACCCACAGGGAGGACGUAAACCACAGCAUGCUGCUGACAAACCUGACGGAGAAUAUAACACACUGGGAGAUGCUAUUGUGACCAAAGCAGGUGCUAAGCAUACCUAUGACAGGUUGGGACACACUAACCCUGACAAAGCUCGCCUCCGGCACACUGGGAACAACGGAUCAGGUGCAGAUUAUUUCGUCCUGGGGGAAUCUGAAGACAACUACAACAGACUAGGGCAUGGUGCUACUACUAUUACGACUGGUGUCAACAGUGAGUACAACAGGCUGGGGGACACUACUGAGGCUGGAAAUUCUGAAUUAACGGACACAGAUGCGCCAUCUUUGGAUUACUUAGUCCUCGAGGAACCUGCAGACACGUACAACAAACUUGGAGUUGAUGGGGCUGCAACUACGACUGAUACAAAGAAUACCUAUGACCGAUUAGGAAACACGGAUGUUGAUAGAGAUUCGGAACCUUACGAAAUCUUGCUUAAGAAAUCAGGUGACACCUACACCAAGCUCGGAGAGAAACCGGUUGCCGAUGAAGUGGAACACACGUACAACAAACUUGGAGGUGCUACAAACAAGAGAGAACCUGACGUCCCUCCUGAAGUUACUGAGGGACCCUCGUCAUAGGUCUCAGCAUAGUCUUAUACUUUCAUUGUUUAGUUCUGCAAUGUAUAUAGUACUCAACCAUAUUUAAGCAUUAUUUGUUUUAGGAAGUUAAGACAAUUGGAAUGUGUGGUGAAACUUUAUUGAGCAGACUAGAGGACAUAAUAAUUUUGUCAUACAUGUAGCUCAUGAAUAUCAUUUUUUUCAAUUCUGAGAGGUGCCUCUCUUUGGUUUGUAUGUCCCAUGUGAGGAUUUAGUCAAGUUAAUGAUUUCGUACGUAGGAUAUGUUUAGAAACUGACUACUUUGUGUUUGUGUUUGGGGUCUGUCACUGAAAAUCCAAUAUUUUCAUAUUUGUCUGGUUGAAAAUGUAUCUCGGUCUGUCCUUUGGUCAGAAAUUGUAAAUAAAAAUUGUAGGAUUUGAAAACAGUUACCUAAUCUGGGGAUGUUUUCUUCUCAUAAUCGAAACUGUCAAUGGACGCAAGAGAAGGCGUCAAUAUUUUCACUGGGACGCAUGUACCUUUUUAUGUAAACUAUUUCUGAGGUCGGUAGGUUUUCAAUUAAAUCACAGGGAAUAUAAAAAUAAUAA